CAUUUACUGACCUUGCAUAUGUUUGUAAACACACAAAAGGAAAAGACACGUUGAUUUGUAUUUUCUUCAAAGUGUUGAUUUUUUCCGAACAAAAAUUGAAAUCAAGUGUUAGAAAUGGAUUUUCAAGAAAUGGCAGUGAUCGAGGAGCAACCUACAUCGGAAGGUCCUAUUCGUAAAGAAUCGGGUAAGAGGGGACGUAAGCCAGGAAGAAAAUCCGGAGAUAAAGUUGACAUGAGAGCGAAAUUAGAACGUAGCAGACAAAGUGCAAGAGAAUGCAGAGCAAGGAAGAAACUUAGAUAUCAGUAUCUAGAAGAACUUGUUGCAGAUAGAGAAAAAGCAGUAUUUGCUCUGAGAAAAGAAUUUGAAAGAUAUGUUUCUUGGGGCAAAGAAAUAGAUGAAGGUAGAAUUCCUGACGGGAUUCAAGAGGUCCUCGAAGAAUUCGGUAUCCUCAAACAAGAACAGUGAAACAAUUGUGAUAAAUUUUUGAUGAUUUUUGGAAAAAAUUAUAUUGUUAAUACCAUGUUAUAAUAUGAACCAGUUAUUUUUUAUUAUUUUUAAGAUGUUUAUAUUUAUAAUAUUCAAUAGAAUGAGGUUGAAAUAUUUCCUA